AUGGGUUCGCUCGUCAGCUUCAUUGUCGUUUACGUCUUGGGGGGCAUCACCUUCAUCCCCUUAGUCCUUUUGGGAGCCUUCCUGUAUACCUACCUGACCCUCCCGGAUUCGCCCUCCUCCGACCAGUCAUACAACCGCAAGACUGAUGAGCUUCGCCGGCCCGACGACGACGAGCAUAGCUUGAAGUCUGGCACUGAUCAGCUCGCCGAAGAGUUUCAUCGUGCGCAUGACUCCGAAGUUGCGACUGGAUACUUUGCGGUCUGUCGUGAAUAUGUACCGGGCGGAGUCAAUGGAAAGCCGCCCGAGAGGACGACGCCUGCUGGGGAGGUCGUGGCCACUGAGAGCCCCAGUGUCUACCAAUCAAUGUAUCGGAGUUUGUUUGAAAGAAAGCAGACGCCGAGUAUUGAACCAGCAAAAUCAAACGGGAAGAAUGUCAAGCGAGCGCGCAAUGUAUUCUACAUUGUACUUCGUCACGGACACCUCAUGCUUUACGACGAUGCUAACCAGGUCGACGUUCGCUACGUUAUUUCCCUUGCCCACCACGAUGUGACCAUUCACAGUGGCGAAAGUGAUAUCCCCGAAGGCGAGCUUUGGAUAAAACGCAACUCCAUCUGUCUGUCGAGGCGACUGGACUCCCUUGGCGACCUGGGAGGUCCAACGCCGCCGUUCUUUUUGUUCUCUGAAAGUUUGUCGGAAAAGGAGGAUUUCUAUCUUGCUAUGCUCCGCAAUCAAUCAAAACUCUGGGACUCAGCGGAUCGUCCGCCGAAGCGUCAGGAAUUCGACGUGAAACACGUUGUCUCGUUGGUCCAGCGCCUGCAUUCGUCCGAGGAACAAAUGCAGACCAGAUGGAUAAAUGCGCUUUUUGGCCGCCUCUUCCUUGCUCUGUACCGCACACCAGAGUUAGAACAGUUCAUUGGCAGUAAGAUCGCAAAGAAGAUCUCACGAGCGAACAAGCCAAACUUCAUCAGCAAAAUUGGGCUUCAGAAGAUCGACAUGGGGGAAGGGGCACCGUUUAUCACCAAUCCCAGGCUCAAGGACCUGACCGUGGAUGGCAACUGCUGUGUAGAGGCAGAUGUUCAGUACUCAGGGAACUUCCGGCUGGAGAUCUCAGCCACUGUGCGCAUUGACCUGGGCCAGCGAUUUAAAGCUCGUGAGGUUGACAUCGUACUCGCUGUGGUUCUGAAAAAGAUGGAGGGCCAUCUCCUCCUCCGCUUCAAGCCUCCUCCAAGUAACCGGCUGUGGAUGGCAUUUGAGAGCAUGCCCAAAAUUGAGAUGGACAUCCAGCCCAUCGUCAGCUCAAAGCAAAUCACAUUCAGCCCUAUCCUUCGAGCCAUCGAGAGUCGUAUCCGAGAAGUGGUGGCCGAGAGCGUGGUCUUGCCAUUCUGGGAUGACAUUCCUUUCAUGGAUACCCACGGGCAGGCGUUCCGUGGAGGCAUCUGGCAACGAGAGCCUGCAACGAAUGUGCCUCCUCUGGACAUACCGGACGAAUCCGAGAACGCAGCUACACCAUCGCAAAGCCUCCGUGGUGCAUCUUCACUUGAAAGUCUGAAGGCCAGGGACGAGCGUGUGAUGAGUUCGCCUGCACUGUCAGAAUCGCACGCAGGAAUUGUGAAUGUGAAGUCUCGGAAGACGCCCCGCGUUUCUGCUGCGGAUUUGUCGCAUGGUUCGAGCGCUACCGCUACGGGCGUUGAGAGAGUGUCUGACAGCCUGCCACUACCCCGUGCCAUUCGAUCGCAGACUUUUUCGAAUGCAGCAGAUCCUAUCGUGACGACAGAUACUGCCAAUAAAGUGCUCGCAGAGGCCAAAAUUAGCGAUAAGAAUAGUGCCACCAGCGCCAUGAUCGAAAUCGCCAAGCGUUCUCCACCUUCUUCACCAAAGCGGACUCCAAGUAGCUCGCCACCAACCCUAGGGAUCACAAUGCCUGAAAAUGCUAUACAUAGCCGAAGCUCUUCGAUUGCAGACUCUAUCGAUGGUGUAAGCCUUCAUAGCGAUCAUGUCAUCCAGACGCCAUCGUCCGCACGCCUGGAAAACGUCAAUCCACUUGGAGUGCGCAGUCUACGAGGCAAUUCGAGCUCUUCUUUAGCCAGUGAGAAGUCCCGUCGUCGCAGCACAAUUGAGACGUCAGGCAAGUUUUCAGAAGAGAAAACAAUCGGGAAUACUGCAAUCAACAAUGCGGCAGCAGCUGCGAAGAAAUGGGGCUGGAGUGUAUUCGGAAAGGGGGAGUCCAACAACGACGAGACAUCUCGUUCCUCGGCGGAUAGCUUGAAUGUACCCAUCGGCCGUGGACACCCUCAUCCUCCCCCAGGGGCGCCUUUGCCGCGGCCGGACAAAUUUGCCCUGAAACGAAAUUCUGGAACCCUGCCAAAACGCAAACCUGUGGGAGCACAGCCGUCUUCUCCUGAGAGGUUGAUCCCGGACGUGAAAAAAACGGAGCUUCCUCCACCAUUGCCUCGCAGAAAGACGAGUGCUGGCCUUUCUCGGCCUGUUCCACCUCCCCCUCUUCCUCGCCGAAAGCCUGUUGUGCCACCUGAUGGUGCUGGCACCCCUGCGGACGAUUUACUUGUUGUACAAGCACCGCAUGACUCUGCUCCCGACAGCCCUGCCACUGGAGAGCUUGAAUUGGACGACAAGCUCACCCAGUCGUCUCUCGCGAGGGAAGAUAUGCGUCGAAACGCCGCAAUCACCAGCGGCGGCUCAUACCGGGAUCAGCAAGCUGACCAAGACCUUGAGCCUUCGCCGCCCACGGCCCACUCGCUUCCUUCAAGCGUUGACUCGAGCGAUCUUUUGCCCCAAGCAGGCCCCAGUUCAGUGCGUUCAACUGUCUGA